UACACUAGAGGUUAGUGCCUACAGUGUUUAAACUCAUCGGCUGCUGGUUCUUCGUCGUAGCCUUCAUACUCUCAAAACCCUAGUUCCAGUCGAAGCACUCUCUCACCCAACAUGGGGAAGACAAGUGGUAUGGGAGCCGGACGCAGGCUGAGGACCCAUCGCAGGAGGCAGCGAUGGUCCGAUAAGGCAUACAAAAAGUCCAACCUCGGAAAUGAAUGGAAGAAGCCAUUUGCUGGCUCUUCUCAUGCCAAUGGCAUUGUCCUUGAGAAGAUAGGUAUAGAGGCCAAGCAGCCGAACUCUGCUAUCAGAAAGUGUGCUAGAGUUCAAUUGAUCAAGAACGGGAAGAAGAUUGCUGCUUUUGUCCCGAAUGAUGGUUGCUUAAACUACAUUGAAGAGAAUGGUGAGGUGUUGAUUGCGGGAUUCGGGUGAUAUUCCUGGGGUUAGGUUCAAGGUUGUGAAGGUCUCGGGUGUAUCUCUAUUGGCCCUCUUCAAAGAG